AUGUCAGCCUGUUCAAAACCGAUUGAACCAUUUGAACCGCUUGAGCUCAGAGAAAUUGGAUAUUGGAAACAUGACCUUCACAUAUUCAAAUUUUCAGAAAUACUGAUGCGAUACUUAUCGUUGUUAUUUUUUCUUCUUCUUUAUUCUCAGUGCAAAGUUGGUUAUCUUGCAGUUGGUGAUCCCAGUGAUUUGAAGAAUGUCGCAGAAUCGGUUAUUGACAAAUCGAAAUCUCACGACACAAAGAAUAGUGUGAAUUCUAAUGAAGAGGGUGUUCAGAUUGAUCGCAAUUAUGAGACACCUACUAAUUCGAUAGACGAAGAAAAGGUUGGGAUUUCCAGUCACCAAGUUUCCUCUGAGCCUCUGGAUUCACCAAACAGCCAGAAAUCUUAUGGGGAAGGUUCAACACCCGAAGAUUCUGUGUCUCACCCGACACACCGAGACUCAGCUAAACCUGAUCACGAAGUUGUUAGAGAGUCUAUUUUAAAGGAACUGCAUUCAUUGGAUUCGGUUGCUGUAGAGGGUAUUAAUACACAUGAAAUUCCAACUUUCAACGAAUUCCAUGCAAUGGUUUCGGAAGGUUCACAAUCACGUAAAGGGCAAGAAAAUAAACAAAAGAACGAUCCGACUGUAUUGAAUACUUCUGACACUGCUACUACUACUACUCCUACUCCAACCACUACUAAUAAUGAUACUACAGAGUUCAUGGAAGGAAACAAUCCUACUCAGAUCGAUAAUGUUAGUCCAUCUAAUUUCGAUGAAAUCAAUAAAAAUAAUUCUAACAAUCAAACAGAUCAUAAUACGAUGGUUGAUCAGUUAUUCAAUAGAGAUUUAAUGAAUAACGAUUCUCCACCUGUAGAUUCGUCUGCGAGUAAAUCUCACAGCGACGACACCAUCUCUUCUUCCUUGUCUCAUGGUGAAAAUGUGAAUAAACAAUCAGAAGAAGAAGAUUUGGAAAUUCUUCAUCAUCGUCAUCAUCAUCAUGAUAAAUUUUGUGAUAAAAUUGAUCCUGUCAAGUUAUUACAUGAACCAUUUUGUCCAGCCGGAUCAAUAUUGGAUCCUUCUGUAAAUCAUCAUCAUCAUGAUACACCGAGUGAUUGUCCCAAUGCCAAAGUCGCGACUAAUAAUCAUUCACCGCCAACAACCAGAACAACAACAACAACAACAACGCUACAUCAAUCUCAUUUUCAUCAUACACCACCUCAUGUCAACUAUAAUCAUAAUACUCCAGUUGAAACCUUCACUAUCGAUCAAAUUCCACAGAAUGUGAGCGCAACCACACAUAAUGUAAGCGGUACAUCAUCACAAUCUCUACAUAAUGAAUCAUUUCGUCGAUUGACAACUAAUGAAAUGAGUUUAUUCUCUCGAUUAAAAAAUGCUAUAAAACAUACUGUGUUUAGUACAUUUUCACAAUGGUUCUCAUCGACACAAGAUAUUCCCAAUGAAUCGAAUUUAAUUCUACAGAAUAUUAAACCAACCGCAGAAAAUUUUCAUACAAUUCAAUAUUUAUUUCAUCCGAAUGGUUUCACAAAUCCAUUAUGUAAAAAUUCAUUGCUCUAUGUAACAAUUAAUCAAAUUCAAGGUUUAUGGCAUUUACGUCAAUGUUUAUCAUUACUGUUAUUAACAACCACAACGACGACAUCAACUGUAGAAGAAGAUUCUCAAUCAACAGUACAUUUCCAUAUUCAUCCAUUACGAAUCCAAGCAUGUGUACAUGCCAUUGAACAAUUGAAUUUAACAUUGAUCACUACUCAGUUAAACAAUGUACCACCAUCAUUGAAACACUCAAUUCAUGAUCAUUGGUCGGUAUUGUAUGAAUUUGAUAAAAGUAUUGGGCAUUUAUUUGUAGCAUAUGCAAUGAUGUUAAAACACAAUAGAACAUUACUGCUACAACCAUCUUCCGCCUCCUCUGCAUCAACAUCAUCAUUGUCUUGUCGUCAAUUCACAUCAUCAUUUUCAACAUUAUACGAUAUUCAUGGUUGUUGUGAAUGUUUCAAUUGGGAUUGGAGAAAAUUGAAUAUAUUUCUAUGGAAUAAUACUAUGAAUGAUCAUGAUGAUAAGUGUUUCAAAUUACCAUCAUUUUUAUUCCCACCAAAACGCAUGGAAUCGUCAUCGCCAGCAUCAUCGCCAUCGCCAUCCUCAUCAUAUCAACAAUGUCAUGACCCGAUCGAUUCACCGUCACCAUUGAACCACAGGAUCAAUGAUCAAUUAUUCAUGAAACAUGAUGAUGAUGAUGAUCAAUAUUCAAUGAAUCAUUUAAUUCAACAUGAACAUACUCAAUCACCAUCACCAUCGCCAUCCUCAUCAUCACCUUCAUCCUCGUCAUCCUCGUCCUCAUCCUCCGCAUCCUCCUCCACCAAAUCAUCAUUCAUUAAAUCACAUCGAAUCAACAAUGAUUCACCAUAUCCAACUGGUCAUAAUAAUGAAGCAUUAGUUGUACCAGCUGGUCUUAGUGGAUCACAACGAUCCAAUGCAUACAUGCGUCUCAAUAAUCGUGUACGUAUUAUUGAACGUAAUGUUUCUGUGAGUAUGAGAUAUUUAGAAGAAUUAAGUCAAAGUUAUCGUCGUCAAAUGGAACGUUUAUCACGUUCAUUCAAUUUAACUUAUGCAUGGUUAAAAGUAACAACUCAAACUGCUGAACAACGUAAUCAUGAACAACAAAAUCGUAUUACCCAAUUGGAAUUAAAAUUAAACGAUUUAACGGAACGUUUAAAAUCUCGUUUAUUCAACGCUUUGCCUACGGCUGCUAGUACUACUACAACUACUACAUCUUCAUUGACAUCGAAUCAACCAGAUUUGGCGCUCACCUCGUCAUUAUCUCAAUCGGCCACUGGCACCACGUUCGGUUCAUCAGGAGGAGGCGUGACUGAGACGACUAGUUCGAAUUCACCGCCACCACCAUUGCCAGAUUUCGAUAAUUCACUAGAUUGGAAUCCAUGGUUUCGAUCAUCGCCUGAUGAUAGUAUGAGUAGUAGUAGUAGCAGUAGCAGUGGUAAAGACGAUUUCGUUGAUGACGGUGAUAUGGAAUUUGUAUCGGUCAAUGAUGAUGAUGACGAUGCUGAUGCUGAUGAUGAUCAUGUUCAUUAUGUGACAAAAUUACCAUUGGCAGUGAGAAAUUCUCGUGGAAAAUUUAAACAAACUUUAACUACUCAUACUACUACUACUAGUAGUAGUAUAAAUAGUAAAAAUAAAAAAUCUCCACUUGAUCCAUAUUUAUCUACUCGAAUGAAUCGGCAUCAACAACAACACCAACCUACAGAAUGGUUGUCAUCAUUAUCAGCAUUCUUAUUGGAUUGGAAACAAUGCCUGUUGAAUUGGUUCCGUUUACAAUUAGUUUGGCCUGUAUGGCUAAGUAAUAUUGGUACGGUUGUACGUGAUUUCUAUCAAAUGAAUACAACGAUUUUCAAUUUACUCAGUUUAAUCCUACUUCAUAUCAUCUUAGCAUUAAUAGUUCAUUUAUCAAUUUAUUGGAUUUGGUUUCGUCCACACACUGCCCCUCAUCAUCAUCAACAUCAAUUGAUCAUGAAUAAAGAAUUAUUAUUAUUGUCAACAAAUUUAUAUCAAUUGUUAUAUUGUUUUAAAAAUCAUCAACAUUUCAAUGAUUUCAUUGUAUACUUUAAUUCAAUCCAUGCCGCGGAACAUCACCACCAUCACCAUCGCGAACAACCACAACAACAACAUCAAAAAUAUUUAUUACCUGCUACAAUCAAUACUACUGAUAAUACUACUAAUAAUACUACUACUAGUAAUUAUAAUAAUCAUGAUUCUGAGAAUACACCAGCUACUACUCCUUCAUCUCACUCUCCUACACCUACUCCUCCUCUACCUCCUGCUCCUCUUACUUCUACGACUACUAAUUAUACUACUGACAAUGAUAACAGUAGUAAUAAUGAUAAUAAUCACAAUAAUAAAAGUAAUAGUAAUAAUAAUAAUAAGCAGUUAGUAUCAAAAACUUUUCCUUGUUGUCAUCAAUUCAAUGAAUUGCUAUUGCAUACAUCCAAAUGUAAAUCAGCGAUGGAAAUCAAUUGCUGCCAUUAUCAUCAUCAUGAUCAUCACUGUCAUCGUCUUCAUCAUUCGGCUUCGCCUCCGCCGGUUUGUCCAUUGAAAGAGAUUGAUGGAAAUGUGUCUAUGCCUAUAGGAUCAUGCAAACUGAUGAAUCCUGUGAAUUAUUCGUGUUGUUUACUGACGAAACCAAUGCAUAUUGAUAAGAUUGUGGAUGAUAAUUACACUUCUUCAAGUCAAGUUGGAUGUUACGCACAACCUAAACACUUAACAUCAUCGCUACAACAGCUGCCGACAAUUUAUUCCUCUUCUUCAUUGUCGUCAGAUAAUAAUCAAUACAAACGUGAUACAGUGAAAUAUGAAGACAAUGAUUGUUUACAAUCAUGUGUUUCUCAAUCCCAUGAAUUAAUGUUAUCUCAGGGAUACAAUGUACCGCAGUCUUUGAACAAUAAUGAUAAUAAUCUACUCAGGAGAAAGCCCGAUCAUUUGACAUCAUCAAUCCCACUGACGACAACAAACUCUAAUUCAUCAUCAUCAGCGUCAUCUUCUAGCUCAUUGUCAUCCUCUACAACAACAUCAACACUCAUACAGAAAAAACAUUCAAAAUCCAAUAAUCAUCAUCAGCAUCAUCAUCAGCGAAAAAAACUCAACAAGCGUAAAUUUGAGAAUAAUCGAUUUGUGUAGAACAGCAACAACAAACGGAGAUAGACGAACAUUUCACUUGUGACUGUGUCUGUGUACAGUUUCUUCGCCUUUUUCUUUGCAUUAUUUCUUGUUGUACAUGAAUCUUUCCAUGUUUUCUCACUCUCUUUCCCUCACUCACUCACUGUUUCUCUGUGUGCCUCUCACUCACUCUGCUAUACUCCUUAUGUUGUGUACAUGUGUGUUUGUGUGUGUGUGUAAAAUACAGUUUGGUUCAUGAUGAUACUCUGUGAUCACUCUGAUUAUUUUGUAUCAUAGUAGUCUCACAGCUUUAUUUUGUUUUGUGAUGAUUUACUUUGCUUUCUUUUUUUCAAAAUGACUAUCCUACUCUUCACUAUUGAACAUUGUCCAAUGUUACAUCCUACUUUUCACCAUUGAACAUUGUUCAAUGUUACAUCCUACUGUUCACUAUUGAACAUUGUUCAGUGUUACAUCCUACUCUUCACUAUCGAACAUUGUUCAAUGUUACAUCCUACUGUUCACUAUUGAACAUUGUUCAAUGUUACAUCCUACUGUUCACUAUUGAACAUUGUUCAAUGUUACAUAUCAAAUGUACUUUUUUUGAGAAGAGAUUGAUUACUUCUUUUUGUUAUUUUUUUGAGAUUCUCUCUCUCUAUAUGUAUAUUUUGUUUAUCUGUUGUUUAUCGUUGUGAUAAUACAGAAUCAGUUUAUAUAGGGAAAUAAUUGGUUUGUUAUUUUCUCACUAUGUGUGUGUGUGUGUCUGUGAUUUGCACAACCAGACUUUUUUCAUCUGUUAAUGAUGCCUUUCUUCAUUGUAUAACAUUCAUUCCAUUGGAGAGUGAGAGAGACAGAGAUAAAGAAGAGCGCCGAGAUAGAUGAUCACAUGUGUGUAUGUGUGUGUUAUGGAUGAUGUCGAUUGCCUCCUCCUUCCUUCUUCUCCUAGUUUUUGUACUUCGUCUUCUCAUAUUUUGUCUAAAUGUUCAUCGAAUCCAUUCUAGUUCGGAAUUUUUGUUCAAACAAAAAAGUAGGUGAAGGGAUAACAAGUGUGUGUGUGUGUAUGUUGUGUUGGUAGUAGUAGUAUGAUUACUGUUACGUCAUUUUUGGCCUAUUGAUUAUUAUUGUUCCUGCGUUGAUUUCUCUGUUGUUGUUGUUUUUUUGUCUUCUAGGGUAACAGUUCAAUGUUUAUGUGUGGUUAUUUGUUUUAAAUCUGUAUAUUUAAAUUAAUAUUGUUAUCAAAACAAGAGUUCAGGGGUGAUUUUUUCUUUAUAAAUAUUCAAUGUUAUAUAUAUAUAUAUAUAUAUAUAUAUAUAUAUAUAUAUAUAUUCUAUGAUGAUUUGAACUUAU